UCUGGACAGUACUACUAACUGUUAAAUGAAUUGCAAAACUUGUCAAAUGCACUGUAUAAAUACAGAUUGUUGAUAUUCAAAGAAUCUGAUAAACAUUUAACAGCUUCUAAUUGUGACUUUAAAAUAUGCCUUCGGUUUCAUUUGCUUCAGAUACACAAAACACAAAUCCAGGGGGAAUGGACGCUAAUGCACGUAAACCACCAGCCCUAACUGGCUAUCAAGUAGACCGCGAAAAUGAAAGAUCAGGAAAUGUUUCAGAUCAUGCUAACGAAUCAACCCAGUUGCGUGUUCCAGCUUCAAUGCCAACAUUGGCGCGUGGAUUUUCGCUUGUUCCUGAACGUCUGGGCAAAAGAGGAUCCUAUAAACGUCAAGGCAACAAAGGAAUGUUUGGUUGUGAGGCUGCAAUGCAGCUCUUAGCUUAUCUAGCUGCACUGUUAACCUUACCAUUUUCCCUAUUUAUGUGUCUCAAAGUGAUUGCACAAUAUGAACGAGCUGUCGUAUUUCGCCUUGGAAGAUUAGUAUCAGAAAUUCCUAAAGGACCCGGUCUUGUAUUCAUUCUACCUUGUUUGGACAAUGUCAAAACAAUAGACUUACGUACAUUCACAUUCAAUGUACCAACUCAAGAGGUUUUAACAAAAGAUUCAGUGACUGUCGCUGUCGAUGCUGUUGUCUACUAUCGCAUAUUCGAUCCAGUGAUGUCAGUUGUCAACGUGGAAGAUGCUAAUCGAUCCACUCGUCUUCUAGCUCAGACUACAUUAAGAAAUGUCCUUGGUACAGUGGAUUUGUACCAACUUCUAACAGCGCGUGAACAAAUUGCUCAUUUAAUGCAAGAUUGUCUAGAUACAGCAACAGAGACAUGGGGAGUAAAGGUUGAGCGUGUCGAUAUAAAAGAUGUUCGUUUACCUAUUCAGUUACAGCGUGCUAUGGCAGCUGAAGCAGAGGCAGCUCGAGAGGCCAAAGCUAAAGUAAUUGCUGCUGAAGGUGAACAACGUGCAUCAGUAGCUUUAAAAGCUGCUGCUAUGGAAAUUGGUGAAUGUCCCAUCGCGCUUCAAUUACGUUAUUUACAAACAUUAAGCAGUAUUUCAGAUGAGAAAAAUUCUACCAUCAUUUUCCCCCUACCUAUUGACCUAUUGAGUUUAUUCCAUCAAAAUUUCAGUGGAAAUAAUGGAAGUUCAACUUCUAGAAAUGAUAGUGUACUAAGUACUAUAGGUAAUGAUGAAAUUAAACGUAUGACAGAACCCCCUCCCCCACCACCAAGAGAAAAUCAAUCACAACUAACCACUUCACGUACAUUUACCACCAGUCAAAAAACUGAAUCUGCUGAAGAAGACUUAAUUUAAUAAAUAACUAAUCGAAAUAUUCUAACACAUAUACAUCAUAAAUAUCAAUUUAAAUUGAAGGAAAAUCAUUCAAUCGUUGACAUUAUAAUUAUCAUCACAAAGAAAAUUUAGUUUAUUCCAAGUUAAUAUUCAUUUCUUUCCUUCCAAUUUAUCUCAUGUAUGUUCAUUAAAAUAAAAAAAGUGAUAACAAACAAUAACUCAUAAUUUCUUUUAAAUUCAGAUAAAUGAGGAAUAAUUAUAUUUGGAUUUAAUUAUGAAAUACAUCGAUACAAGUAUAAGAUCAUUAUAAAUGAUAAUUUAUAAAGUGAAAUAAUAGUCAAUUAAUUAUUUUCAACUUUUAAUUCAUUGAAAUAUAGCAUAAAGAAAAUCUCUUUUCUCCCUUUCUCUCUAUUCUAAUCUCUCCCAUUGAUUCUUCACAUUUUUUUCUUUCUUUUUUGUUAUUAACUUGUGUAAUUGCCAUAGUAACUAACUCAUUUAAUGAAUACUAUCUUCUUCUUUAUUUGUCUAAUUUGUAAGUAUCUAUGUGUUAAAUAACAAAUGGAAAAAACAUUCUCAUAAACUGGUUUGUUCUAUUUGUUUGUUUUUUCUUUUUCUUUUCCUUUAUAUUAAAUGAUAAUUAAAAUCAUUCGAUAAAUUAUAUUGAUCCAUCUAAAUGUAUCAUUUGUCUUUUUCUUCUUUCCUUUUACAUUUCUCUUUAUAUAUCCGGAUAGUGAUUUUCUAACAUUUUAUUUUAGUGAACUAUUAUUGAUUUAUAUGUCUUUAUAUAUCGUUCAUUGGUAAGUAGAUUAUCGAUUGUUAUAUUUUUCAUUAUAAUUUCAUUAAUAAUAGGAUAAUGGUACAUAAGACAUUGUAUUCCAUUUCAUUAUAUUAGAUCUUUGCGAUGUUCAAUUUUUACAACGUUCUUUUUUCUAAAAAAACAAAACAAACAAACAAAACAAAAUGUUCUAAACAAUUUGCCCAGAAUAGAAAAAAAGAAAAGUAAUAAUCAUCAUUAUAAGUAAUAUCUAUAUGUCUAUAUACGAAUAGAAGUAGAUAUUCCAAUUGAAAUUCAACAUUGUUUAAAUGAUCAUUAAAAAGUAAUUGUACAUGAUUCAAUCAUUUCAUUUGUUUUAUUCUUCUUCUUCUUCUUCUUCUCAUAUUUACUGAAUGAAUAUUGUGCGAAAUAGUACUGAAAAGAAAUUUGACAUAAUGAUAAAGAAAAUAAUGUCAAUGUAUUUAUUAAAUUGUAUAUCAAUAAUAUAUAUAUAUAUAUAUAUAUAUAUAUAUAUAUAUAUAUAUAUAUAUAUGGAUUAGAAAUGAAUUUAUCUGUUAUAUUUGUUUUAAUGAAAUAGAUUUGGGAUACCUAACAUUGAAGAUCAUGUAAUCAGUUGAUACAAAAUCUUCAAAGAGAAAUUCUUUUAUUCAAUCAAAAGAACUUGGCUGUAAAUAAACAAAUCUGAAAUAAUCAAUUACUGUAUAUGUUAAAAUACCUGAAAAUGGAUCAAAAACUUAUCAUCACCUUUUGGAUUUCAUGCAACUAGAAUGUCGGUAUAUCUGUGUGUUUACUAAGAAUGUUAUAGUUUCUUUUGUUGAUAAAAUAAGUAAAUUGUUUGACUAUGGAUUAGAUAAUUAAAUAAAGAUUUCAAGUGAUUUUCAUUACACUGAUUUAAUAAUCAAAAUAAUCAAAUGUUUGUCAUUUUGGUUAUCUGAAUAUGAAAGAGAUAUUUUGAAAAGAGCAAGAACAAACAUCCUAGCAGAAUAGCAUGAAUGAUAAAGGGAACUAUGUGUAUGAAAGAGAUAUUUGUUACAUUUCUCAUUGCAUUGAAAAACUUAUGAUAACGUAGAUGAAACACUAAGUAGUUAGAUCUGUUUAAUCCAUUUCAACUUAUUGUAAAAAUCAAUAUUGGUUUUAAUCACCAACAAUUAAUAUGAUUGUUAUCAACAGGUUAGAUUCGAUUGCUUCUGUUGUAACGCGUGGACUGCAGGUUGGAUGCGCAGCGUAUUUAUCGAUCGAUUCGGUGACACGGGGAACACGUAAGGACGACCUAGUGCCCUGAUUGGUCCUGCUUCCCUGUCUAGCCCAGCCAGUUGAGUCUAGAACGCAAGUCACAGCCUCUGAGUUAUGAAUCAUUGUAUUUCAGACAUACUCUAUUUAUAUACUAACCAAACAAACCACAUCGUACCAUAAAAAUAGAAAACAACAUUUACACAAUAUGUAACGAAUGAAUUAAAUAAUUGCCAAUAGGGGAUGUACAUUUAAAGUCCAAGGCCACCAUAGACUUAACAUGAUAAUUAUUGGUACAUUCCUCUGCAUACCUAACAGUUUCAUUGAAUUUAAAAUAAUAAGAGUUUCACACAGUUUUGUUAAUUGCUUAUGUAACUUAAAAAUAGACU